AUGGCGUUAUGCGAGGGUCAAUUGGAUUGCGCUCUGCCUCAGCUCAAACGUGAAGAGUGUAGCAGCGAAGGGAGUAAGAAAGAGAGUCCAGAGAAGAAGCCAAAAUUGGAGCCCAAUGGCGAUAUUUAUGGGCUUAAUCAAGUGCCUGGUGGUCUACCGUUAAGCGUAGAUUACCGUUCUCCGGUAUCCCAUUUCGUGCCUCCAGCGGUUGAGUUGUAUGCUGCAAGACACAAACAGGAACAACAUAGUACCGCCGAAUCAAGUGGUCCGCCAACACCUGUAAAGCGGAAACGAGGUCGACCGCGGGUGGACAAAACGAGUCCAGAAUAUCUGGCCAAUUUGGCCGCCAGAAAACAGGCCAAAGAAAUGGCCGCUAUGAUGAAUAACAGAACUCCAGAGCCUGGGGAGAAACGCAAGCGGGGUCGUCCACGCGUGGACAAAACUAGCCCAGAAUAUCUAGCUAGAAAGAAGGCUAGGGAACUCGAAGCGUUGGAACGCAAAGCCAAAAGGGAAUACAAAAGGCGCGCUACUGGAGAUUCAGCCGCCUCGUCCUCAGCUGGGGAGACCACACCCAGGGUCAAGAGGAAAUACACAAAGAGGACGCCGAGCACUAAAAAAGAUGCUGUUCCAACAGCGGACCGCGUGAAGGGUAAACGUGGCAGACCCAGGAAGGUGGACCAGCUUGCCGCAAACAAACAACAGGCCCAACAACCUAAAAUCCGUGUGAGGAGUAAUUUGAUGCCCGUCAAUACGGAACCCAUCCCGGUGGACAGCGAUGAUGAGCCGGACUUGGGAUCUCCGAGCCAAGCGUCAGAUUCUCUCAGUUUCGACGAGAACCUCCGAGCGUUACGACACAUUCAUGAGAAAUAUGCUAAUAUUGAUAAGGACGAUCUGUACGAAGCCCACUUGUUGGCGGCUAAUUUUAAGAAGCCCACGCUUGACUCCCAGCGGAGGGAAGAUGACGUCAUGUCCGUCAGGAGCUCGGAAGGUGGAGCUUCCGUGAAAGACGUCGAAACCCGAGUUGAGAAGUUAGAAGACAGUUCUAAUUCUGACUCUGAUAGCAGUAGCUCCGGUUCUGGCAGCUCAUCCUCAUCGUCAGGGAGCUCAUCAUCAGAUAGCUCUUCAUCGUCAGACAGUUCUGACAGCGAGUCCGAGUCGGGAGACGACACACCAAAACAAAAGACUGAACAAGAAGAGAAGACGACGCCCCUCCACAAUAAUACUUCUCACGAGGACGGUGACAGAUCAUUCGGCGCCUGGUCAUACUCCGGUGCAGCUUCGGAUUCCGAUUCGGACCCUGAACGUCUGGCGGAACCCGGCGCCCCCAACUCUCAUGAUGAGAUCAGCGAGUCCGAAAACGAGUCUGCAGACAAGAGCUUUCAGUGUCACAUCUGCAGGAAGUGGUACUCCACGAGGGUCACACUCAAAAUUCACCGUCGAAUUCACCAAAACCGCGGCGCCGGGACCUCUCGGUCGAGAGCCCGCUCCUCGGACAGAUACGAGUGCGAUUGUUGUAGUGAGACUUUCAACCGACGCGAGAAACUACGGGAACACAAGGCGGCGGCUCACCGCGGCGCGAUGACGGUGCGGUGCGAGGUGUGCCGCAAGUGCUUCGAGGACGACGCCGAGCUCGCCGCGCACGACACCACGCACACGCCCGACGAGAGAGCCGGUCGGUGUCGGCUGUGCGGCGCGGUGUUCGGUCGCUGGGAGCAGCUGCGGCGCCACGCGGCGUGUGCGCACGGCGCGGCGCCGGCGCCGGGCGGCGCGCGCCUGCCCUACGCGUGCGCGCAGUGCGGCAAGCGCUUCGGACACGCGCACUCGCUCACGCGCCACAUGCACAACCACGCCAAGCAGCUCUACCGCUGCGUCGUCUGCAAGGCUUCUUUCGCCCGAGCGGACCAAUUGGCACAGCAUCUCAACAGCCACCUCGCCAACUACAAACGUCUGAAGCCAUAG